UAUAUUUAUGUUCAGAGUUCACGGAAAAACCGAAGCAGUACCAGUGGAUAUUUCAUGGCUGGCAGGAACAUGAGUUGGAUGCCUGUUGGAGCUUCUCUGUUUGCCAGUAACAUUGGGAGCAUCCAUUUUAUUGGUCUGGCUGGUUCAGGAGCAGCAGCGGGCAUAGCAGUUGGAGUAUUUGAAAUAAAUGCCAUGUUUGUCCUCCUUCUGAUGGGAUAUAUAUUUCUGCCUGUUUAUAUAUCUGCUGGGAUUUAUACCAUGCCUGAAUACCUGAAAUUGCGUUUUGGUGGCCGAAGAAUCCAACUUUGUAUGGCUAUUCUCUCUAUUAUCGUCUAUGUGUUUACAAAAAUCUCAGCUGACCUUUAUGCUGGAGCACUCUUUAUAAAACAAGCUUUGAACUGGGACUUGUACCUGUCAUUGCUUCUGAUUUUGGUAAUUUCAUCAAUAUUUACCAUUAGUGGUGGACUGACAGCUGUAAUAUGGACUGACUUCAUGCAGUGUUUCAUUAUGCUCGCUGGUGCUAUAGCCCUUAUGAUUUUAAGUUUCAUUAAAGUUGGUGGCUAUCAUGCCAUGGUAGAAAAGUACCCUCAAGCUAUUCCUAACACAACUUUGAUGGACAAUACAACCAAAUGUGGUUACCCAAGAGAAGAUUAUAUGCAUCUUUUCCAUUCUUAUGAUGCAGAUGAUAUUCCUGGACCUGGUGUUAUAGGAUUGACCAUUAAUUCUAUUUGGUACUGGUGCUCUGAUCAGGUCCUUGUUCAGAGAGCCCUUGCUGCUAAGAACUAUGACCACAGCAAAGCAGCUACAGUAUUUUGUGGAUAUCUCAAAAUUUUACCAUUAUUUCUUCUCAUUUUCCCUGGAAUGAUUUCUCGAAUUUUAUAUAAAGAUACUGUUGGCUGUGCUGAUCCAGAGGUUUGCAUGAGUGUUUGUGGUAGUGAAACAGGUUGUAGCAAUAUUGCAUACACCUCACUAAUAUUGGACCUGCUACCAGACGGUUUACGAGGUUUGAUGCUGGCCAGUAUGGUUUCAGCCCUUAUCACAUCACUUACCUCUAUUUUCAACAGUUCAAGUACGAUAUUUGCGCUGGAUAUUUGGUCGUUCUUCCGCAAAAAAGUUUCUGAUAUCGAAAUGAUUAUUGUUGGACGUAUAUUCAUCCUGUUUCUGGUGAUUAUCAGUGUUCUCUGGAUUCCAAUCAUCCAAAUAUCUCAAGGAGGAGACCUCUUUGUCUACAUCCAAGUGAUAUCCAGUUUCACCCAACCACCUAUUUGUGCUGUCUUUUUACUUGCUCUGUUUUGGGGCAGACUCAAUGAGAAGGGUGCCUUCUUUGCUUUAGUCUUUGGAAUGCUGGUUGGUCUGAUCCGCUUCAUUGUUGAAUAUUACCAUCUAGUGCCUCCUUGCUUCAAGAACCUUCCGGAUCCAAGACCAGAUGUUGUGAAAAACUUUCACUUCUUGUAUUUUUCCAUUUUUCUGUUUGGAUUUACUUUGUUUUCUGCUGUUGUCAUCAGUCUUCUGACAGAACCAAUUGAUCCUCGUUGUUUGGUACGUUUAACUUGGUGGACUCGACAUAGUAAAGAGCCUCGAAUGGAAAUAGAUGAUGAAACAACUUCAGCUUCUGCGACAAUGAUAAAUGACAAAGAUGAAAAGAAUGAGAACGGUUAUAGUAAUCCUCUCAGAAACAUGUCUCCCAAAUCUAAUCUUCAUGUUGAUCAUCCAAAUGGGAAAGACUUUGAUGAUAUCAACUCAGGUAGCGAAGAUGCUGAAAAUCGUAAAGCCAGAGUUUACAGUAUGGAUAUUGUAACAGCAAUUACCCCUGUACCUUGCUGGAAGAAAUUCAUGUAUAGGAUAUGCUGUUUCCAAGAGCAAAGUGCCACUCAACCCAAACAAAUGACUACUGAUUUUCUGGAGGAGCGUUCCAUAGAAGAAAAUCGCAAAUGGAGACUAACAACUUCAAUUUUGUCUGUUGCUCUUCUCAUAAUUGCCUGCUUUCUUAUGAUAUAUUUUGCUUAAUUUAUUCAUUAUGCUUAGAUGCAGUGGGAGCAUUUACAUAAAUUUUUUUUCUUUAAGUAUUUGAUUAAGUGUUUUUCUAACAGGUUCUUGUAUAUUUUGUUAUAUAACAGUAUUAAUUUUGUAGUGUGUUUGCUACAAAUAAAAUUUGAUAUUUGUAUAAAAAAAAGAAAAGAAACUACA